AUGGCAUCGAAAGAUAAUAACAUCGCGACUCAAUUAUUAUCGCGAGCGCAUUCUCCUGAUACUACGAACAGAAUCUUCACUGAGAAAAUAAAACAGCGACCAUUACACCUCAAACCUACAGAACCAAACAAUGAACAACAACAUCGUCGCCUCGAGCGACAGCGAAAACUUGCUCUACGUAAGAAGAAAUUGAAGCCCGCCCCGCUGUCAGCUAGAGAGAAGCGUGCUUUAUGUCUAUACGAUGUACCCAAAUCUGCACAAAAAUACAGCAUUUACGAACCUUUACAUAAAAUGUGGUUGGGAUACAUUUCGGAAGUGUUAGGAGGGGAAAACUGUAUGCCAGUUACUGGACCUGCAGCUGCUAAAUUAUGUAGUGCCGACUAUCAUGGAGCGGAACUUGAGGUUGUGAGAAGUAGGUGUGUGGGUAGGGUCGGUGUCAAGGGAAUUGUGAUUAAAGAUUCCAAGGGAGUUUUUGAGAUUAUCACGAAGAAUAAUGAUUUGAAGGUUCUGCCGAAGGAAAAUACUAUUUUCAAAUUUACGAUACCAACCCAGGUGGCCAACGGCGAUAUGAAGUCAGAGAAGGAUGGAAAAUCGACCAAAGAUUUGGUGUUCGAGUUACAUGGUGAACAAUUCAUGUACCGAGCAGCUGAUCGAACGAACAAGAAAUUCAAACCACAUUUCUUACCUCAUGUAUGA